CUAUAUGAGUGCUUAGUUGAAGUUAAAUAUUCUCUACACACCGUUAAGCAACAUGCUCACUAUCCAAUUUUCCCCAAUUCAGUCCGAUUCGGUCGGUUGUUGAAGUAAAAUGGUUGUGACUUGUGAUAUUCAAUUCAAUCAAAAUGAGUUCGGAACCUAUUUCGCUGGUCAGCUGGUGGAUGGGUCGGUGGUGCUAAAAGCUGAUAAGCCAAAAAACGUUAAAGCUGUGAUACUAAACAUUUCUGGAUUUGCUAUUACAAAAUGGCAUGAAAAACAUUUAGGUAAAAAGCGCAAUUUCUCCGGACGCGAAGAUUAUAUGGAGUCCAAAACAUUUUUGAUGGGUUCGGAAAGUAGUCAAAAUUUUACAAUACAAACCGGAACUCAUACUUAUAAUUUCGCCUGUAAGCUGCCAGAAGAAUGCCCCACAUCUUUUGAGGGUCUACACGGCUGUAUUAGAUAUUUAGUGAAAGUAACACUGUUGAUACCAUGGAAAUUCAAUCAGACCUACACACGCGGCUUCACUGUGAUGAAGAUGCUCGAUCUUAACUAUGAAUCGCCGCACAUAAAAAUACCAACAACCUCCGAAAACUAUCGCUCCUACUGCUGCGGCCCUUGCAAAACGGAGCCAAUAAAGAUGCAAGUGCAACUACCACAAAUCGGCUAUGUGCCCGGCCAACGAAUUCCCGUCACUGUGCUUGUGAUUAACAACACUGGCAUACCAGUGGCUGAUAUACGCUAUGCAUUGAUAAUGCUCGUACGUUACGCCAGUCCAGCACCACAACAACACUCGUGUCUCGAACGUAUUACUAUGACUACGGCGAAGGGUGAGUCUGUGUUGCGUAAUUGUACGCGCUCACUGACGCAAGAGCUGCUUGUACCAGCCACUCCACCGACCUGCAUACGUUCCUGUAAUAUUAUACGUAUUACCUACCAAGUGGAGGUUGAGGCGUAUAUGAAGGGUUGGUAUGCUAAUCAAACUAUAACCAUACCGGUUUUGAUUGGCAAUGUACCACUGUGGCAGACACCAGCGAUUAUACAACAACAACCGCGUAGUAGUCGUAUGUCGAUGGUUAGCGAGGAAGAAAUUGUACUAGAAGGUGCCAACGUGGUUAAGGAUGGACAGCAAACACCAACGGUUACUGCCGACACCCGGGGGCUUGGUGUCAGUGAUGUUCAGUCACCGGUGGAUAUUUAUCCGGAAUUACCUCCACCAUCUUACGAGGAAUCCUUGCAUACCUUACGUGGCGAUAUAAACGAAGAUGAUUUACAUGCAUUUGGGCCGUGUGAAUUUGCACCGCUAUAUCCAGUAUACGCUUUACCUUUGACACUAGCACCAACUGCACCGGUAACACCGGAACCCGAGCGCGGUGGUUAUAUAAAUCAAAAUUUUCAAAGUGACAAAAUUUGAAGCUAAUUAGCAAAUUGUAAAAUGAAACUUUUUUAAAAUUGCAAUAAUACCUUUUUGUAAAUAUUAUAUAUCUGAUAAAGAUAAAAAUUCUAUUGAAAUUUAAUAUAGACAAUCGCAAAAAAUAUACACGAUGUAAUUUUCUGUAAUAAAAUUUUGAGUUAAUUUAUCAUGAA